AUGUCAGGACAAAAGAGUCCCGUGCUUGUCUGCGUCCCCGGCGUCAUGCAGGGUGACUGGCUGUACGAGCCGCUCAAGGCCGAGAUUGCGCCACUCGAAGUCGUUGCCCUAACUCUCCCGGGAACUGUUCCGCUCGAUGAUCCUCGACCAGCCUUGGAUUCGAUGUAUCCAGACGUAGAGCUCAUUUCCAAGACAAUAUCUGACCUUCUCGACGCCGGAAGAGACGUCAUUGUGUUGGUCCAUUCGUACGGAGGCACACCCGGCGGAGACGCGGUUGGCCGCAUUGUAGCCGAACAAAAGCAGAACACGCCAGCUCCGGGAAGUGGUCGCAUUCUUUGGAUGAUCUACUCGAACGCUUACCCUACCAUUGAGGGCGUGUCGUGUUGGGACAGUGGAGAUCGCCUCUUCGAGGCCGCAGGCAUUCCCAAGCCGGCCUCGCCAGGCGCCAUGCCUGGAAUGGAAGAGAAAGAUGGCUAUCUCGUCCCAGACUCAGAGGCCGGCCCGGCAUUCAUGCACGAUGUGCCCGACCUGGAGACAUGGGUAAAGAAGCUGGGCAAGCAGUCUGUGGCUUGCCCCUUGAGCCCGAUCCUCGCGCCCGCCGUCGGCUACAGGGUAGUUCCGACGACGUACAUCAAAACGCUGCAGGACACGGUUAUCCCGCCCGACUUCCAGGAAGGGCUGGUCCAGCAGGCUAUUCAGCUAUCCAAAGAGAGGGAAGGGCUGGUGCCAUUCACUGACGAGGAGGUCGGAAGGCUGGAGAUUGAUAGCGGUCAUGCUCCUAUGCUGUCAAAGACGACGGAGUACAAGGACCUCAUCAUGAAGGUAGUGAGGCGGGCCAUGUCCGCUUAG